GAGAGUUGCAAUUUCAGGUCGCUGCGCUACAUGGGCAGAAAGCAUGGUCUUGGACGCUCUCUUGUUAAACAUAUGGGAUCAGAACUUUCUGAAAGAUCAGGGCGUCACGUAGUUCGAACAAACAGUGAUCGGGACUGGUCCCGUCUACCUGUUCAUUCAGUCACAGAACAAACAGGUUUAGAUGAAUUCUUUAGUAUUGCCAACCUUGCCAAUCAUGAAUUCAAAGCUCAGAAAAAGAACAUCAGGUUUCUCACCCCAUCCGAAAUUAUAGGCAUACCAUCUCCCACCGACCGCUCUAAAAUUUCAGAAGUCCAGAAUAUGUAUAAAGACUUUCUCAAAAUACCCAGAAGUUAAGUAAAUAUUUAUUUAUGUGUGUGUUGAGUGGGGUGUUUGUUUACCUUUUUAAUUCAUGUGAGCUGCUUUAAAAUCUACCUAAUUGGUUGCUGAUAAUGUUUUUACUAGUUUCAGGUCUCAUAAAUUCUAUCUCGUUAGAUAAAGUUAACUUUGACAAAGUAUUUCUCAUUACUGUUGGGGAAUAGUAAAAAUGAGUUGUUGACUUGAAAAAAUUCUGUUUGGUUUAGUCUUUAGAGGUUUAACUUUCUAUCGAUUUUGCUUUUGUAUGUUAAGGUAGGUAGACGCAAGAGACACACAUGUUUCUGAAUGCCUAAAAAUCACUAAUAAUGUGCAAUUGUUUCAUUAGGUAUGUUGCGUUGCAAGGAUAUUGGAGAAUAACUAAGUCGGUGAAUAAGCUUCCAUGAUUUGAUAUGUCACUUACUGGUAAAAAAAUUAUUCAGCAAAUUUAUUCUUCAUUCAUUUAGUAACCUAUUAAUAUUUAGAUCGUUUUGCAUAGGAUUAUUUCCAAAUAAAAGGGUUCCACCGUUCGAUUUUUAUUUGCUUCCUACAGAUCUAAGUGGAGUCCAGAAAUGUCAGUUGAUACGUUGGAUAGUCUUGAAAAGGAAGAAUUCUUGAAAUGGAGACGGUCAUUGGCUUUGCUUGAAGAAAAAGACGGCAUCGUUCUUACUCCUUUUGAGCGGAAUUUGGAGUUCUGGCGUCAGCUGUGGCGUGUCGUGGAACGUAGCGACGUUGUUGUUCAGGUGGUCGAUGCUCGUCAACCUCUUUUAUAUUAUUCGAGUGAUUUAGAUAGUUAUGUUCAUGAAGUUGAUUCGAACAAGACAUCUGUGGUUCUUGUUAAUAAGUCUGACUUUCUUACAAAUCAACAAAGAGCUUUAUGGGCAGAGUAUUUUAGAACUAUUGGUAUUAACGCCAUAUUUUGGUCGGCUGCACUAGCCAGUGAACAGAUGCUAGGACAAAGUCCUACCAAUAUGACCCAACCUUGUGAUAUUUCAACCAAAAUAAUUAAUGGAACCAGUUUGGAAUCCGAGAGUAAUUCUGAGGAAAGUCAAACCGAGUCAGACACUGAUAGUGAGGCCAGUACAGUAACUAUUCAUGAAGAAACUAACGAGGAAAGCCCUAAGGUUGUCAGAUGCACUAAACAGUUGCCGAAUAGACUGGAUUGUAAAAAAAGUGAUCCUUGUGAUAAUACAAUCAAUACAAAAGAAAUCAGUAAACCGAUUUCCGAGUUCUCCUCCAAUUCUGUUAGAUGCUAUGUUAUUGAUGCUGAAACAUCUGCUCAAUCCAAACAAAAUGGUGAGGCGGGAGCUAAGGUUGUUGGAGUUGAGGAGCUAAUAAAUUUGUUAACCGAAAAAUUCAGUCCCUCCAGUCGUCAAUCAAAGGAUCCUUUGACAGUUGGCUUCAUUGGUUACCCAAACGUUGGGAAAUCUAGUACACUCAACGCGAUACUAGGUCAUAAAAAGGUUCCGGUGUCAGUUACACCUGGGAAAACCAAACAUUUCCAGACCAUUUAUGUCCGAUCAGACUUGAUACUUUGCGAUUGCCCGGGAUUGGUGAUGCCAUCUUUUGCUUACUCUAGAGCGGACUUAGUUGUAGCUGGCAUAUUAUCAAUCGAUGAGAUGCGUGAUUAUUUAGCUCCUGUCGGUUUAGUUUGUGAAAGAAUUCCACGUCAUAUUUUAGAGACAAUGUAUGGAAUCAACCUUCCUAAAUUUCAAAAUGCACAAGUUAAUGAUAGUUUAAACCGCAUCCUGACACCACAUGAAUUAUUAGCUGCUCACGCAUUUAUGCAUGGUUUUAUGACAGCUAAAGGGAAUCCAAAUUAUGAUCGUUCUGCAAGAAUCAUUUUAAAAGAUUAUGUAAAGGGUCGACUUUUGUAUUGUCAUCCUCCUCCAAACACAACAGAUCCUCUUGAUUUUCAAUCGCUUGGGCGAAAUGAUAGUUUACCCUGCGGGGUUGGUUAUUUUCCUGAUCAAUCUAAAGCUGAACGGUUUCUCAAACGAUUAGAUGAAAAACAGAAACGAGCGUCUAGUCAGUGUAUUGAUGAAGUUAUCACUGAAUUUGAUCGAUUGGCGUUUAAACAGGAUCAACCUGCACGCGAACUUAUUAAAUCUCAUAAGCAAGUACCUAUUUUACGUUCUAACAUAGAAAAGUCAAAGAUCGAUGAUGAAGUAUCAUCGAAUGCAUCUUGGAGUACUGUUGGCUCAGUUGAGACUGUUAGCAAUUUAUCAUGCAUUAGUAGUGGGACAACACAAUUUAUCUUAGAAGAUGGUACAGUCAAAAAACCUUGGCGUCUAUUAAGUCACGCUAAACGCUUGAAUUCAGUGCAUUCAACAAUAUUAUCAAACCAAACAGAGGUUGUAAAACAUGUAACAAAACAUAAAAAACGCAAAGAAAAACUCCGUCGAGUUUAUCGUUAUUUAGAUGAACAUGAAAGAACAUGAAAGAAAACUAUUAUCCACCUAAAUUGCAUCCUAAAAAAUAAACUAAAAAUUCUUCUCAGUCCUAUGUACAUUUGACUAUUUUUUAUCUAAAUACCUGAUAAAUAAAUUUUUUGGAUCAUCAGAA